AUGCGUAGCCGGGGAUCAAAAAUCCGGCUAUCUGGUAACUCUUUUGGAUCACGUGUUUCUGCUCUCAUGCUAGCCAUGAUUGCUACAAUGGCUACCGUUUAUGUUGCCGCCAGGUUAUUUCAGGAUGCCGAAAGUAGGACUUAUUUAAUCGAAGUACUCGAAAGAAAAACUGAUCAGGGUCAAUCAGACGUUUCUCUUGAUGAUACACUGAAAGUUAUAGCCUGCAGGGAACAAAGUAAGAAGUUGUCUGUCCUUGAGACCGAACUAGCUGCGGCUAGACAGGAAGGUUUUGUUCCGAAGCACUUGCCAGGAAAUAAUGAGAAGCAUCCUACAAAGAAAGUACUUGUAGUAUUAGGAGUGAUGACAACCUUUGGGCGGAGAAAAAACCGAGAUGCAAUCCGUAAGGCUUGGAUGCCAGCAGGUACAGCUACGAGAGAACUGGUUGAUAAGAACGACUUCAUUGUGCAAUUUGUAAUAGGAAGAAGUGCAAACCGCGGAGACAGUUUGGACAAAGAAAUUAACAAAGAAAGCAGUCACACCAAUGACUUCAUCAUUCUUGAUAAUCAAGUGGAGGCACCUGAAGAAAAAGCAAGAAAGAUAAAAUCAUUCUUCAUUUAUGCAGUGAGCAACUGGGAUGCUGAAUUUUAUGCCAAGGUCAACGAUGAUGUCUAUGUUAAUCUUGAUGCCCUUGGAGGAGUCCUAGCUUCAUACGUGGACAAGCCUCGUGUUUAUAUUGGUUGCAUGAAAUCAGGCAAAAUUUUCUCUGAGCAGACACAUAAAUGGCAUGAGCCAGACUGGUGGAGAUUUGGUGAUGGAAAAUCAUACUUUAGACAUGCUUCAGGCGAGGCCUAUGUCAUUUCAAAAUCAUUGGCUCAGUUUAUUUCUAUAAACAGUUUUAUGCUCCGUACAUAUGCACACGAUGAUGUAAGCAUUGGAUCUUGGUUUAUUGGGCUUGAUGUACAGCACCUUGAUGAAACAAAACUGUGCUGCUCCUCCCGGUCCCCAGACAUUUGCCAUGUUGCUUCAGAGUAA